GACCUCUCUACUAUACUACAAUUAUCAAGACUUAGUUAGGAAGAGGAACAAAGAUAAUUAUAUAUAGGUUCUAGUGUUCACAAUACACUUGAACUCUAUUUUACAUCUACAACUCUAUUCUACAACCUUAAUCUACAUCUACAAUUCUAUUCUACAACUCUAAUCUACAUCUACAACUCUAUUCUACAUCUACAACUCUAAAGCACUCUCGACUACCUUGAAACACUCUCACAAUGAAGUUUUCUGUACUUGCAGCUAUUCUCUUUUCAGCUGCUAGCGUUAGUGCUUCUGAAUGCUGGUGUUACAACUACCAACACCUAAGCAAACCCCCUUAUCACGCAACUCCGUCUAACGAUCAUGCUACAACCCAAGCUUGUAGCCACUGGAGGCGGGGGACACACGACAGAGGUAGUUAUAACACCUGCGACCUAGGGAGAACAGUGGGCACAGGGCAGUGGAAAGAAACUUGCAAACGCUAUGGGGCAUAUGGAGGAAACUGCCAUUGAAUUAUUGGUUUUUAUAAUCAUAUUGUUAGAGGCCCUGGGGGGGCAAAGCUCAGCAACUGAGGUUAUGUGUGGCAGCGUGUCGGCAAGUUAGCGUAGAAUGUGGUAAUGUAAUGUAUCGUCAUGAAUAUUUUGAUAAAUCUGACUUGACACACACCACUCGCAGUAUGCAUCUGCUACUUAUGAAAGACUAUGCUGCAUUCCUAGAUUAUCCAGUGAGGCCUUUACUUAAUCGCUCAUGAGCAGUGUCGGCAG